AUGGACUCGGAUGAAAAGAUAACCAACACGAUCAGUUCGGAGGACAAUGAGAAUGGCGAAAUAAGGCACAUUUUGAGUUCACUACUGGAAGACAUUUGCCGAUGCGAAGAGGAUCCGUCAGGCCAGCACCACGGGCAACGUCGGUUUGUUUCCGCACCCGACGUCAGAUGGCAACGCAAUCGGGGGUCAAAAAUUACAGGAGGAGAAUUGAUCAAUUCUUCGACCGCGAUGCACAACGAAAUGCAUAUGAGGACGCCGUCAUCGAAAAUUUCCGUACCGAGGGUGCCGCCCUCCUACUCAACCGUCAUAGCGUUUGGUCCACCAAUCGCCAUCUUUCCCGCCAAUUAUUCCUCGCUUUCGUUCAUAACUCCUCGACCACCGCCAUCUUAUGCUGAAGUGCACGGAAUUUGGGAUGAUCCUCCGAGCGAUGUGUCUUGCAAAGAUGAGUUAAAUGUGUGGAUAUCGCUGGUCGGAAAGAAAAUGGGACAGAGUGGAGCUGACUCGUAUUCGCUGGGUCCGGAUCCGAUUUACGCCUCGUGUCCAAGAUGUCGGACCAUGGUGCGGACCGAUGUUCACACAUCGAGGUCCCAGUUGGCUUACGUCGCUUCGGCGUUCUUGUGUUUGUGUUUGUGCUGGCCGUGUUGCCUUUUGCCCGUCUGGCUGAAACCCUGUCAAAAUUUUUACCAUUUCUGCCCUGUCUGUCACUACUAUAUGGGCGCCUAUAGGCCUUGCUGAUUUUUUCGUACUUUAUCAU